AUGUCGACUCCCAAGCUCUUUCAGCCAACACGAGUCGGCGCGCUCACCUUGCAGCACCGGAUUGUUCUAGCACCCAUGGGCCGCAUGCGUUGCUCGACGGACCACGUUCCAUUUCCCAUCAUGAAGGAGUACUACGCCCAGCGAGGCAGUACGCCCGGGACUCUAUUGGUCUCUGAAGCUACCCAAAUCGCACCAGGGGCUGCGGGCAUGCCCAACAUUCCCGGCUUCCACAGCGAAGCGCAGAUCGCGGCGUGGAAGGAGAUUGCCGACGCCGUGCACGCCAACCAGAGCUUCCUCUUUAUUCAGCUGUGGGCAACCGGACGGGCGGGAAUGCCUGCCGUAUUCAAGGCUGAGGGCUUCCCGUAUGUUUCCUCGUCGGCCAUAAAGCUGGAAGAGAACGAAGAAACCCCGCGCGAGCUCACGAAAGGGGAGAUAAAGGAAUAUAUAGCAUGGUACGCUCAGGCAGCGAAGAACGCAAUUGCGGCUGGCGCCGACGGUGUCGAAAUCCAUGCGGCGAAUGGGUAUCUUAUUGAUCAGUUCCUUCAGGACGUGACCAACGUCCGCAGCGAUGAGUAUGGCGGCAGCGUGGAAAAUCGAGCCCGCUUUGGGCUUGAAGUUGUUGACGCCGUCGUUGGAGCCAUUGGCGCCGAUCGUACAGGCAUUCGGUUCAGCCCAUGGGGCACCAUCGCUGGUAACAUCGCUCGCCUCCAUAUCGAUGUCUCGCAUGCUGAGCCCUCCGCAGGCAUGGGCAUGAAAGAUCCGAAGUCCCAGUUCGGCUACGUCGUCGAACAACUGAAGGCAAAGCACCCCAACCUCGCCUACGUCCAUGUCAUCGAAUCGCGCGUCCACGGCGUUCUGACUGUCCCUCCCGAGGAGUACGAUCCCACUCGAUCCAACGAUUUCAUCCGUGCGAUCUGGGCUCCUCGCCCGCUCAUCAGCUGCGGCGCCUACUCGCGAAAGCUGGCACUCGAGAUCGCGGAAAGCAAGGGCGAUAUCAUAGCGGUUGGGCGCCCGUUCAUUUCGAAUAGGUGGAGGAACGACUGGGACCUGUCACCGUACAAGCGCGAGUUCUUCUAUAUCCCAGGCGGCGGUGUCGAGGGAUAUCUGGACUACCCAUUUGUUACCGAGGCGCAGAUGGUCAAGGCAGCAGACGCCUCUGCAGUGGAAACCUUGGAUAGAAAUUAG